CUGAGCCGAAGUGGGGCGGGGCCGCCGGAGCAGUAGGUGCAGAGGCUUGGUCGCGACAGGUGCGCCAGGCAGAGCGCCCGAACCUGUGACAGGACUGGUAGCAGGCAGAGAAAAGACGGUGCUUAGCCAGGUAUUUCAGUAUCUGUAGACAAGAUGGAAUCAGCUCCAUUUAAUAGACGGCAAUGGACUUCACUAUCAUUGAGGGUAACAGCCAAAGAACUUUCACUUGUCAACAAGAACAAGUCAUCGGCUAUUGUAGAAAUAUUUUCCAAGUACCAGAAAGCAGCUGAAGAAACAAACAUGGAAAAGAGGAGAAAUAACACUGAAACUCUCCCCCAGCACUUUAGAAGGGGGACCCUGACUGUGCUAAAGAAGAAGUGGGAGAACCCAGGACUGGGAGCAGAGACCCACACAGACUCUCUUCGCAGCAUCAGGGCUGAGAUCAGGCACAGAGUCGACCAUCCUUCUGCUGAAGUGACAAGCAACACUGCUUCUGGAGCCCAGGCUGGUCAAGAGGAACAGAUUCACCCCAAACCUAAAUUGGGGUCAUCUCCUGAAGCUCCCAUUCAGUCUCGGAAUCCCCGCAUCAAGGACAGUGAGGAUCUUAAAGACCGCACAACAGAAAGUAAAAAAAUGGAAAAUUGUCUGGGAGAAUCCAGGCAUGAAGUAGAAAAGUCUGACAUCAGUGAAAACACAGAAGCUUCAGGCAAAAUAGAGAAAUAUAAUGUUCCCCUGAACAGGCUAAAGAUGAUGUUUGAGAAAGGUGAACCAUCUCAAACCAAGAUUCUUCGGGUGCAAAGCCGAAGUGCAGGUGGAAGAAGGAUCUCUGAAAAUAACUAUUCUCUGGAUGACUUGGAAAUAGGCCCAGGACAGUUAUCAUCUUCAUCAUUCAACUUGGAGAAAAAUGAAAGUAGGCGAAAUCUGGAACUCCCACGCCUCUCAGAAACUUCCAUAAAGGAUCGAAUGGCCAAGUACCAGGCAGCUGUGUCCAAACAAAGCACUUCAACCAGCUAUGCAAAUGAGUCGAAAGCUAAUAGUGGAGAAGUCAAAAUUCAUAAAUUGGAGCAAAAGGAGAAUGUGCCCCCAGGCCCUGAGGUCUGCAUCUCUCAUCAGGAGGGACAAAAGGUUUCUGCAACUGAGAAUAGUCCAGCAAUUCGUUCCACCCUUCCUGAAGAUGACUCCCGUAAGCAUAUGUUCUUAAACCUGCUGGGUAACUUCCAGGUUAAGAGUGAAGUCCAACAGCCUGUCCAUCCCAAGCCACUAACUUCGGAUGCCACAGCCUCCAGCCUUCCUGAAAAUUCUCCUCCCAAAGCAGUGAAGAAGUUUCAGGUGCCUGCCAGAGAGACCUGCGUGGAAUGUCAGAAGACAGUCUACCCGAUGGAGCGUCUCUUGGCCAACCAGCAGGUGUUUCACAUCAGCUGCUUCCGUUGUUCCUAUUGCAACAGUAAACUUAGUCUAGGAACAUAUGCAUCUUUGCAUGGGAGAAUCUACUGUAAGCCUCACUUCAAUCAACUCUUCAAAUCUAAAGGCAACUAUGAUGAAGGUUUCGGGCAUAGACCACACAAGGAUCUGUGGGCAAGCAAAAGUGAAAACGAAGAGACUUUGGAGAAAUCAGCCCAGUUUCCAAAUGCAAAGGAGACCCCUCAGAGCCCAGGAGUAGAAGAUGCCCCCAUUGCUAAGGUAGGUGUGCUGGCUGCAAGUAUGGAAGCCAAGGCCUCCUCUCAGCAGGAGAAAGAAGACAAGCCAGCUGAAACCAAGAAGUUGAGGAUUGCCUGGCCUCCCCCAACUGAACUUGGCAGUUCAGGAAGUGCCUUGGAGGAAGGGAUCAAAGUAUCUAAGCCCAAAUGGCCUCCUGUGGAUGAAAUAAGCAAGCCUGAAGCUCUUGAAGACGUGGAUCUGGAUCUGAAGAAGCUAAGACGAUCUUCUUCACUGAAGGAAAGAAGCCGCCCGUUCACAGUAGCAGCUUCAUUUCGAACCACUUCUGUUAAGAGCCCAAAAUCUUUGUCCCCCCCUAUCAGGAAAAGCUGGAGCAUGUCAGAGCAGAGUGAGGAGUUUGCAGGAGGAAUACUAUCAGAGAGGGAACAAGUGGAAAAUGCCCAGGUCACCAAGAAGAAUGAGAAUAUGGGAAAAACAACCUGGCAAAACAAGGAAUCUAAAGAAAGAGAGGAAGGGAAUAGUAAGGAGGUUCAUAGUUUUGAAAUGGGGAAUGAGAACUCUGUACAAAAUGGUGCAAACUUAGAUGAGAAUGAUAGCAACUUCCUCAAACAGCAGUCGCCACUAGAACCAAAGUCUCCAAAUUGGUCCAGCUUUGUAGACAACACUUCCACUAAAGAAUUCACUACUCAGAAUCAGAAAUCCCAGGAUGUGGGAUUCUGGGAGGAAGAGGUGGUCAAAGAGCUCUCUGUAGAAGAACAGAUAAAGAGAAAUCGGUACUACGAUGAAGAUGAAGAUGAAGAAUGAUAAAUUGCAAUGGUGCUUGGCCUUAAAUUCACGUUAGUGAGCCACUGCCCUUUAUCCAAGUGUGAUACACAUAAAUAGGUAUUUUAGCAUGAAAUGUAAUUUAUAUGGAAAUAACUUUGGAAAGGAGUUCCAGCUUCAAAAAAAAAAAUUUCAAAUGCUACAGAUAAUAUUACUUAAAUCUUCCAGUUUAGCAGUAAAUGAUAGGCAUAAGUGCUUUAAGGUCUUAAAAGUGGAGAGAUAUUCCAACUGAUAUACCCCAGAUUCCACUGUAUUCCCAAAAGGCAAUAUUAAAGUAGAUAGAUUAUUAGUAGUACAUUGUUACACUACGAAUACUGAAUUAGAGAACCUAUAGAAAGAAUUUAGGGGCCUAAAGAUUAGGAUUGAAUGCACUUUAGUAUAAAGGGCACAGUUUGUAUAUUUUUAUCAAUUUAAUUUUUUAGUAUUCAUCUGUUAAGAGAUCAAAUUUUUAAUCUUUUAAAAAAAAUUUUUAGGUUAUAUAGCAACAAGAAUGUUCAAAAAAAUUUGUAGGUUAAUUUUCUUACUCUGAUAUAUACAUAUAGGGAAUUUAUUGCUUUUCAUCCUAUUCUCUAAAUCACAUCCUAAACUGAAUUUUUGAGGUAUAGGACAGCCAUCUUUUCUGAGCACAUUUGGAAGCAAUUGAAGAACCAAUCCAUGUGCUUUGGUGCUUGGAGAGAAACACUGUCCCCUAAAUAAGCUAUGGUAUUUGCCAGUGAGUUUGACUACACCCCAAGCGAUUGCUUUCUUUUCUGGUGGCAUACAUGCUUCUCAUAAUUGACUGAAAGCUACAAUGUGUUAAGACCUUUGGGAUCACUUUCCCAUGCUCCAUGUCAGAGCAAAGUGAGGAGUUUAAAGGAGGAAUAACAGAAAGAACCUCCUUCCACCACUUGAAUUCAAACUUCUGAACCCUGUAUCCCACUUCUGAUGUCCCCUGAGACACUAAUUUUUAAAUAUUUACCAGCUCUGAAAUAUACUGAUUUUUAUGGCAGGCUGUGAAAUUAAAACAAUUAUAGGCCUUUUUCUUGGGAUGGUUUUUCUAAUAUUAGGCUUUGGAACAUUAUAAAUUUGAACACAUUUGUACAUAAUUGAUAUUACAAAUUGUAUGUAUGGGAAGGAGAGGUGUUUUAAGCCAUAGGCUUUUCUUUGUACUGCAUUUAUAGAGAUGUAGCUCUAAUAUAUUGUAGAGAUGUAAAAUAUUUUGCUUCCUUAGUCUUGCUUAGUCUGAAACAUUUUUAUUCAAUAAAGCUUUUAAUUAAAAUUUGAA